AUUCAGUUCUUGUAUCAAUAUCAAUCACUUCGAAUAUUUCAAGCUAAACCAUAAAAAUAUUAUCAAAAUGUUCAGAUUCGUCACAAUCUUUGCUUUGAUCGCUUAUGCAUCAGGAUCACCAAUUGUUGCUACACCUUAUGGAUUAGCUGGCCCUGCUGCCCCUUACUAUGGUGGAGCUAAGGUUCUCGGUGCCCCAGCUAUCGUUAAAUCUGUUGAAUAUGAUGCCAACCCACAUUAUCAAUACACAUACUCAGUCAACGAUGCCCUUACCGGAGACAGCAAAUCACAAUCAGAAUCAAGACAAGGAGAUGUUGUGACUGGACAAUACUCACUCAUCGAAGCUGACGGAACCAGACGUAUCGUUGACUACACAGCUGAUCCAGUCAAUGGAUUCAACGCUGUUGUCCGAAAAGAAGCUGCUGUUGUCGCUAAAGCAGUCGUUGCUGCCCCAGUCGCUAAAGUAAUUGGUGCUGGCUAUGGAUACCCAGCAGCUUAUGGUCAUGCUGCUUAUGGUCAUGCUGCCUAUGGCCAUGCUGCCUAUGGCGCACCAAUCGUCGCUAAAGCCGCCGUCGGCCCAGCAUAUCCAUACUAUGGUUAAAUAUUCCUGCUUCAUAAAAACGGACAAAAAAUCCAAAGAUUCGUUAGAUAUCUUGUGUGAUUUAUUAUUUAAUGAGAUUAAAGAUACUCGUAGCAAAUGAAACGCAAUAAAAAUGAGAAUUUCUACAAAAAUUAAAAAAUAUA